AUGGCCCCCUCCGAAGACGGCGUCAUCCCCUCGCACAAGCGAUCCCAAGACGCAGCAAGCAUUUCUGGCUCGUCUUCCAGCAGCGACGACUCAGCCCGUCGCAGAAAGCGUCGCGAGCGCAAGGAGCGCAAGAGGAAGAACGGCGAGACAGCUGCGAUUAACGGCGCAAAGCCCAAUGCUUUCUCGCAGCGUCGCAACAGCUUGGCUAAAGCUUCCCGAGACCCCCGCGAUGAACCCAUCCCCAAGAAGCGUCGCGCUUCUGUUGUUCCUGAGGAGGGAAGCGCUGUUGUCAAGGCCAGCAGAUCGCCCAGCCCUGUGAUUGACUUUGACGGUCUCAGCAGACCCAGCCGUGGAACGCGAGAGCGUCGGGAAGAGACGGAGGAGCAGCAGGUCGAGCGACUGGAUCGCAUGCGAGGUGCUGUGCGCACUCUUCUCGAAUGUGUCGGCGAGGAUCCCGAUCGAGAGGGUCUUCUCGAUACGCCUUCGCGCUAUGCAAAGGCGCUUCUAUUCCUGACCAAGGGGUACCAGGUCAACGCCGAAGACAUUGUCAACAACGCUCUGUUCAGAGAAGGACACAGCGAGAUGGUCAUUGUCAAGGACAUUGAAGUCUUCUCUCUCUGCGAACACCAUCUUGUACCAUUCACCGGCAAGAUGCACAUCGGUUACAUCCCUAACGAGACCGUCAUUGGCCUUUCCAAGCUCCCCCGAAUCGCCGAGAUGUUUGCUCGACGUCUUCAGAUCCAGGAGCGUCUGACCAAGGAAGUCGCCCAUGCCAUCAUGGAGAUCCUCAAGCCCCAGGGUGUUGCUGUGGUCAUGGAGUCGAGCCACCUGUGCAUGGUGAUGCGUGGCGUCGAAAAGACUACCACCAGCACCAUUACCAGCUGCGUUCUCGGCUGCUUCGAGCGCAAGUCCAAGACACGCAACGAGUUCCUCAACCUCAUCGGCAUUAACAAGAGAUAA